AUGGGCUUCUCCAAGGUCGUUCCCCUGCUGCUUCUCGCCGCCAAGUCCGCUCUGGCAAACACCCCCAUUGCCGCCAGCGACUUCUCACAGAAUGGUGGUCUGGCAGCAGCUCAGGCCGCAGCCCCUAUGUGGUACAUGGCUUCAGGCACCUGCAUGCCCUCCGCUGCCGAGGAUGGCGAGGGCAACCAGACAAACGGCGUAGAUGCCGACAACUGCAACAUCAACGCGCUGGCACACGGCUGCCCUCAGCAGCCCACCUGGCAGGGAGCCAACACCUUCUACGGCAACGUCGCGGGCGAGCCCUUUGGCACCAUUCCCACGUACUGGAAGGCGGGCUACUGUAGCGGAGAUUCGUCGUGGCGCAUCAUCUACUACGUCUACUUCAAGAAGGACACGGGUCACAAGAGCGACUGGGAGGGCAUUGUUAUCAAGUUCACCAGCCCAGAUGGCGGCAACACCUACGUUCGCGACUCUGUCAACAUGGAGCAAGAUGGAAACCACCCAUCAAUUAGCUGGUCCGAUGUCAACGACACUUUCCAGGGUGACGACGACUGGGAGGCUUUCUCGCAGAAGAACCUCGACCACGGCAAGUUUUACUUUGGCAAAUUCCACCACUCCGUCCACCAGGACUGGUACACUGCCGCCUUCAAGAACACUUGCCCUCCUACUUCCGGUGAUGACUACCGCAACUCCGACUACCAGUUCUGGGCGUACAACAACCUGCGUCCUACGUCCGUCUUGAACCCGAGCUGGGACUGGGGCAAGGCUGGCUCGCCCGCCAACAUCGACGUCUGCUCUUUUUAA